CUCCAGCACCCCUGGAAGGAAGUAACACAAUUGUACGCCCAAAAAGAGCUACUCGUCCUCCGGACAGGUUCCGAGACUUCCUAUUAGAUUAGCGAUAAACACCCAGCCCCACUCCCAUCUUCCUCUACCGUUGUAUACUCGUCUUGUUCCGUAAAAUUUUUUUUGUGGUUGUUUGCCCAUUCAACAUGUUAGUUCGGUAUAUCAGACUCAAUUUGUCUUCUUCUCUAGUUAUUUCGUGUUAGUUCUCCUCGCCAGCCUACACACGACAGGGGCCAUCAUGACCACUGUAUGUGACUGUAGUAACGAGCGAAAGGAUGGGUUCAUCGCCUUCGACGAUGAAGACUGCCUCCUUGGAUCGGAAGAUCCUGCCCCCCAAAAAAAUGUUACGUACACCCUGUACUCCCAUUUACCAGAAGUUAAACGAUUCCCAGGACACGUUUGUCGCAUGUGGGCGGUCACUCGAUCUAUCUUUACCGACUUCUUCGGUUGGCAUUACACUACUGAAAGUAAAUGGGCCGUCCCAGUAUCCACUUCCGACUGUGAAGAAAUGCGGGAUCUAAGGAAAUGCAAAAACGAGACAAUGUACGCGAAAGGCAGUCACAAGUACACCUAUGACGUGAUACCCUCGUUACAGCCGGUUUGGAUGACAAAACGUUGGGCCGUCACAUUCCAUUGUAAAAUCGCGGAGGUCGCACUGGAAAGUGAGUGCGACAAUUGCACUAUCAACUCCCCCGUCGGUACAAUCGAAUUCCCCUAUAACGGAUCCGUGACCAGAAACCUUCAAACGCUUAUUUGGGAAGACGCGUACAAAGAAAAACCAUGUGAUCUCAAACUAGCAGGCGAAUCGGUAAACGACGGCCUGUUGUACAAGACUCACGACCCAAAAAUGCGACGCUUACAGGAUCGGAUCAGCCAAACAGACUACCUCGUUAAUGUUACGAAGGAAUUAGAACGGUGUGGCAAAUCCGCCUUGUUCAGCAUAAAUGGAAUGGAAAAAAUCCUGAUUGUCAUUAACAUACCAACGCCGGAACUGUAUACCUCAUAUGCCUUGGGUUUUACGAACGCUACAGAACCACUAGCCACUCCAUUGUUAGUCGAAGUACACUCAAACGGGUCUUACGACAGCAUCGAUUCCCAGAAUACCACAGAGCGUAAGAUUCCGGCGUCAUUAGCAGCAGAGAUCAAGCAGGCGGCUCAUCAUCAAUAUACCAGGGAUCUGGCACUAGACCAAGUAAAUCGGCUGGCGAAUGAAAUUAGACGCCUCCAAUGCGAGAACCGAAAAGCAACACGCAAUAGUAUCCUCUUGAGUGCUAAGAACGAUGGGUGGUACGCGGCUACCCAACUCCAACUGCCUAGUUGUUCAAGAUUAACGGUGUAUGGAGCGCAGGUUGAGGUUGCACGUUGCGCACCUUUUAAUGUAUCCUUCGGGGCCGAGCGGACGAAAUGUGGAAAUCAGCCCCGUUUUAUGAACUUCACAAUAGCCCAUAACGGAUGGCAACUUGUUCCAUAUCACCCAUGUUAUUGGCCCGAACCUAACUACGUCAACUUUAAUGGGAAAACUCACAUCUACGCGGAUGGUGGGUGGGUUCCGGUAAUCUCAACAGUUCCAACAAACGGCAGACGCCUGGUCGGAUUGGCGACGUAUGAAGCUGAUAAUUCUCUACAAAAUUUUUUGCAAAUGAAUCCCGCGAUGCAAAACGGGCCGUUGAGUCACGCGUCGGUGAUGGCCGACAUCUUGGCUUCUAUUCAUGAACAUUACCCAGAAGAUAACUCACGUCAAUUACUGACAUCAAACGUACUCAUUCAUCACGGCGACGCACCGAACAUUGAUUUCGUCGCUAAGAUCGGUGGAUGGGUAAAGAAUUUCGGAGCAGUCUCGGGAUUUGGCGCGUUGUCAGUAUUGGCCGUGAGAUUUUGCGGAAUCGGUUCGCUACUACUCAAGGCUUUCCCCCUCCUUUCCAAAAUCCUCCAAAUGACUUGUUUCAAAAAGCCUCCAUUGGCCAUCACCGCUGCAGAUCUACCCAUGUCCAUCGACGUACAACCAACAGCAGUGACCAACCCAUCCCAAUCCACCGCAUCCGCAUCGACAGCAGUUCCACCACGCCGUACGCGACCGCGCCAACCACGACCGCCAAACACGACUCAGGAAGGCGAGGCCUUCUUACCACGUAGACAGCCACGAAGAGUAGAAUAAAAUUGCCAUAGUGUCGUUUUUUUAUCACUAGUACCUUUCCUUUUCCCUUAUAAUUUCGCCGCUGUGUACCUAUAAUCAAUAUGCUCCAAUUGUGUAAUUUCGCCGCUGUGUACCUAUAAUCAAUAUGCUCCAAUUUGUGUACUUUCCUUAAAACCCUCUUCUAGACUCAAUAGCAUAAUUUUCUGGUGUCGGAUUGUCCACUUUUCAAACCAUGUUUCAUUUUUUCGUCUCCUAAGUAGAAACGGGUCAGCAAAGGAAGUUACAAGGGAGAAUGUAAAAGAGAUCAAAAGUAUACGCACCCCCCAAAAACAAAAACAAAAAAGCACUGUAAUAAUACUCACGAAGGAUAUGCCGGCUGAAUGGUUCAACUCGGGAGCACGACAAAUAGACGAAGUCUAAUCCAGGAAACUGAAACGUCGUACCCGUGUCAUCAGCGUAGGAUUCACACAUCAUUCGAUGAAACUAAAAUACAGAAGCUGGGACUGAUUGUUGCGGGACGCAACAAAAGAGGAGGGGGGGUGAUGUAAAGAAUCGAGAUCUCUGACAACAGAGAAACGAUGUCUUCGACUUUCUAAAAAGUCACCCCUCUGGCGCCCCAAGCAAUACGGGGAGUUGACCGUUGCGGGAAAAACCCCCCUUGUUCUCGAACAAAGAGGAAGGUCAAGUUGACCGUUGGAAAGGACGCUACCACGACCCACGCCAACCAAGGAAAAAAUGCUUCCUCAAGACCUAAUAAAUAGGACUAGAUUUAGCUUGCCCCUUCAGUCUUCUCUUCUCUCUCUCGCCAGUUGUGCCGAUCUGUUCCGACCUGUGCCAGCCUAAAUACA